CGGAGGCCGUUACAGUUGCGCAUGGAGACAGCGGGUCCGUGGGAGGGAUGGCGGCCGAUGCAGAUUUCCUUCACCGUUACCGGGCUGUAUCCAACAAGCUGAAGAAGCGUUUCCUGCGCAAGCCAAAUGUGGCGGAAGCAAGUGAGCAGUUUGGUCAGCUGGCCAAAGAACUGAAGCAGGAGGAGUGUCUGCAGUAUGCAGGCUUCUGUAACCUGGCUGUGGCACGGUGUGAACAGACUCUGUUUAAUGCUCCCGGAGAGGCCCUGGCCCUGACCGAUGCAGCCCGCCUCUUCCUGCAGGCGGAGAAGGAGACGCAGAAACUCCAGUGCCCAGGCUUCGAGGAACAUCUGCAGGCCGCAACCAACUGCUACAGCUUUGCCAUAAAGGUCUACAUUGAGUUGAACCAGCCUGUCAUGGCAGCCAGCCUCUGCUUGGAGCUGGGAAAUGCUUUGAAGGAAAUGAACAAACCGGGCGAGGCAUCUGUGUACUACCAGCGAGCGGCCGAGCUUCAGUCUCAGGUGCCCAUUGAAUGCCUGCUGUCGCUGGGCAAGGUGGCUUCCUGUAAGAUCAUAACCCGUGAUUAUGAUGGAGCUUUGGCCGUCUUCACUGAGAUGCAGCUGAUGGCUCAGGAGAAGGGAUUGCAGCUGCCCGGAACCAAUGCCCCUGUUGGUGCGUUUGUGGAUGUCAUUGCGAGGUGUGAGGUGUCCCGGGUGCUGCUGCUGAUGCUGCUCCAGCCCCCGCCACAGAAGCUGCUGCCUGAGCACGCUCAGACUCUGGAGAAAUACGACUGGGAAUCGUUCGACAGCCACAGCCAAGUGAACAACCUCCCCGAGAACGUGUUUCUGCUGCUGCAGUCGGUGGUGAUGGCGUGCCAGGAGAAGGACCUGGAAUCACUGAAGGUUCUUCAGGUGGAGCUUUGGCCGCUGCUGACCCCGGAACAGAACCACCUGCUGCACCUGGUCCUACAGGAGAUGGUAGCUCCAUCCGGCCGAGGCAUCUGAUCCCCUCUGCCCUUACACUGCGUAGACUCAAAAACUUAUCCUGUCCCGUUUCCGACUGCUGCUCAGGAACAUUCCCGCCCCGGUCCUGGGCUGCAGAAAAAACUUAUUAUUAAUUGUGGAGGUGACAUUGGUUCCCCUUAGUUGAUGUGAACCUUCUUCACUUCUGUGGUGGAGCAGUAACUCUCACACCGUUAAAGAAGUAUCUGGAUAUACACUUGAAUCAUCAAGGCAUAGGGAGCCAUAGACUGGGCUAGUUUUGGUGGGUACUUGACUGAUAGCAUGAACGUGGUGGGUCUGAGAUUUGUGACUUUUAGAUGUUAAACCGAGCCACUUUCUGGCCGCCUGAGUGGAUGUGGAAGGUGUGUGUGCAGUGGAAUUCAGGGGAGAGGACGGUAUCUUAGUGUGGCAACAGACGAACAUCACUCAGCAGCAGGUGAUCUGCUGUUGCGUUGGUCCCUGAAAUACAGUGAAGAAGGACUGGGUGAAAGGAAGUGCCCAGUCUGUGAUGGCCUGUGCGGCGUUUACCACUUCCAGUAGUUUUCACUUCAUGCAGCCACACCCCUUCCCUGUGCUGUAGAUACUAGCCUGGCCAACGUCACCCUCCCUAGGAGGACAAAUUAAAUAAAGGCUGGUUUUAAUCAUUGGAGAUCAAGGCUCAGGGAGGGAUUGCUGCUCCGGGAGGAAGGAUUAGAAUCUAAUCAAAGACCUGGGAUUAAACUCCCCGGGCAGCGCACCAGACCGAUCAGUCAUUGUGGAGCUGCCAGAGGCGCGGGAGACAGAUCGGGACAUCCGGAGCACUGAUCGUGAGUUAACCGCCUUUCACACCUCUAAUCGUCUGCGGUGUCCACAGCAAUGUUUCAGCACCUUUCCCUUCCUAAGGCCACUCCUGCCACUCGAUCCACACUUCCCAUUGCCUUGGGGAGGCAGCCACCAUAAUCAAGGACCCCUCCCAUUCCACUCUUACCCUGACAGCACCUACCACCAGGCUCAAGGACAGCUUCUAGCCGAGCUGUUGUAAGAGUCUUGUACAAUCCUCUCAUAUAGAAAAAGAAAAACUUUUGGUCUCCCAACCUAUCUGGUCAUGGUGCCUGCAUUUUACUUGUCUAUCUGCACUGCGCUUUCUCUGUAACUACCACACAACACCCUGCUUUCUCUGUAACUACCACACAACACCCUGCUUUCUCUGUAACUACCACUGUGAUGUACUUACGUAUGGAAUGACCUGUAAGGUUGGCAUACAAAAUGGCAGCAUUUCCCUGCAUUCUGGUACGUGUGACAGUAAUAAACCAAUGCAAAUCUCCCGAUUAGUCUGGGGGGGCCCUCUGUGUAAACCACUCCUUUCAACAAUAACUGCCCUCCUUCCUCUGUACCCCCAUCCUCUUCAACCACUUGUGAGUGAGAGGGUCGUUCCUGUCCUUGCUUCCCCAUCCACCAGCCCAAGUCUGCUGGGUGUGUGGUGGCUCCCUGUCCCUGCUUGCGUCUGGGAACUCUUGCUACUGUUGACAGAAGGUGUGUCAAAAACCUUGGGUCUGAGCAUCAGGCCCACACAGAAGCCUAGUGUGAAGUGUGGAGGGAGUGCACUGCCCACCUCAUCUCUGGCAGAGCCAUAUCAGCCUCAUCAACCACCUUGGAGCCCACAGACUGGAGGGGAGGCAAGUCAUCGCCCAUCCCGAAGGGUCUGCCAUUGGAGGGGAUGAUCAGCAGAGUCCAUGGCACAGGAACAGGCCCUCCGGACAACAUGUCCAUGCUAACCAUUGCCUUCCUAAGGUACAUUUGCUCAUGUUUGGUUCAUGUCCCUCUAAACCAGGGGUUUAUGCCAUAGAUCCCUUUGGCAGUCCAGUGAAGCCUAUUCUCAGAAUAAUGUAUUUAAAUAUAUAACAUAAAAUACACAGGAUUACAAAAGAGACCAAUUGUAUUGAAAUAGAGUUAUCAAAUAUUAAAAAGACAAAUUUGUGAUAUGUGCUUCUUUAUUA